GUUGGUAGCCCGGUUUUUCUUUUUCCCUCAUAUAAACUCCACUCCACCUGAUUCCACCAUGACCUUUCAGCGGCUUGCCAGCAUCGUACGUGGUGUCGACUGUCGACAACUUGUUAUCGACAGUUAGCGCGAGAUUUUGAAAACCCAUUUGAACCAUUGGCAUUUGGCGGUUCGGACAUUGGGACAACCGGAGUGUGCCUGCAGUGUGCCACUGUCAGGAACACUAUAAAUUUGGAGACUGCCGCCAAAUGAAUUUAACUUCCUGGGACUUCUCAACCCAUUACCAAGCCUUCCUCAUGAAGACCGUUCCUACAUUGCUAGGGUUUUCUGCGGCACUUGGGUCCUCUUUCCAAACCGUCUACGGGGUUGCUACCCAGGAGCAAUGGAAGCAUCUCGGAGAAUCGCUCCAAGGCCGGUUACACCCUGCUACGCCAAUAUCCGCACCCUGUUUCUCCGUCGUGAAUGGGCAGCAGGUUCGACGUAACGAGUCAGCGUGCAGAGAGGUUCAGCAAGGUUACACGAACCCUGAUUUUCGUUUUCCCAGAGCGAACGCUUGGAUGUUUCCACAAUCGGAAACAUGUCAGAGAACUUUGGAGACGUGUUUACUUGAUUCGCUCAACCCCGACAACUCAGCUGCAUGGGUGGGAAAGGACUGUAAACAAGGAAGCGUAUCACCGUACUUUAUUGAGGUAACUGGUCCGGAAGACGUACAGAAAGCCUUCGAUUUCGCAAAAAAGACUGGAACGUACUUGUCUAUAAAAGCUUCUGGUCAUGAUUAUAAAGGUCGUUCCAGUUUGCCAGGAUCCCUCUCUCUCUGGACUGCAAAUUUGAAAUCCAUGUCGUACUCGAAAACAUUCACUCCCGAAGGCGGCAAUAAGACCCAUGCAGCUGUAACACUUGGGGCUGGUGCUAACUUUGAGGAGAUCUACAAGUUCGCGGACGAGAACAAGUUCACGUUCAUUGGAGGAUACGCUCAGACUAUUUCUGCCACCGGCGGCUGGGGCCAGGGUGGAGGCCACAGCGUUCUUUCUCCUGUCUAUGGCUUAGGUGUUGACCGUGUUUUGGAAUUCAAGGUUGUUACUCCUGAUGGCAAAUACCGAACUGCCAAUGAGUUCCAGAACCAAGACCUGUACUGGGCAUUGCGUGGUGGAGGAGGUGGUACAUUUGGUGUCGUCCUUGAAUCAACAAUGUCCGUGGAGCCGGCGAUGAGCAUUAGGGUGGCAUCGAUUUCUGUCCCUUUAAACCCAGAAAAUGCUCACAAGUUCCUGAGUCUUAUCAUCAACGAAACAUACAAAUGGGGUGAAGAGGGCUGGGGUGGACACAUGACUGGAAACUCGAUAAUCAAUGUCAACCCGCUUUUGACUCUGGAAGAAGCCCAGAAGUCGGUGAAGCCCAUUACGGACUUCGCACUCGCCAAUAAUGGAACGUCCGUUGUCGAGGAACUACCGUCAUGGCAGGCGUUCUUCACAAAGUAUGUUCUAUCAGCUCAAGCGGUUGUUGGUCAACCCACAAUCCUCGGGAGCCGGUUGAUCCCUGCUGCGUUGUUCACGAACGAUAUCGGGAAAGACCAGGUUCACAAUGUCACUUAUACCAUGCUCACGAAGUACGGCAUCAACCCGUAUAUCGUUGUCGGUCCACCUUUCCGGUAUAACUACACCGAGGGCACCACGAGCGUUACUUCUGCAUGGAGAAAUUCGCUUUGGCAGAUUGGAUUCAACCGCAAAUGGAACUGGAACUCGACUGUUGGAGAUAUCGAACGGACCUAUCGGACAGUUACUGAGGUGACGCAGCUUGCAAGGAAUAUCACGCCCAACUCUGGCGCGUACUUUAACGAAGGCGAUACAUACGAACCAAAUCAUGAGGUGGCCUUCUGGGGAGAUAACUAUCCCAGGUUGUUGAAGAUAAAGAAAAAGUAUGACCCGGACCGACUAUUGGACUGCUGGCAGUGCGUGGGGUGGAACGGCCCUGCCGACAAGCGCUUUUCGUGCUAUAUACCACCGUAUAAUUGAUGGGGGGGGAAGAAGAAGCCUGGCAGUAUUGAAUACAUACUUAAUUGCUGGAGUUGUGUUGGGAGAUUAUAUUUGCGUAACCGGUAUACUUACCCUAGCUCGACGAUUCUACUGCGCCCGGUAAAAAGGACAUGGGUAUUAAUACACACAUUCGUACAAAACAAAAU